AAGCGAAAAAAUAUGAGGCACCUGCUUUUUAUUUGUGCAGCAGAGCGUUGAUGUGGAACAUAAAUAUUAUAACAGUGUAGGCCCAGACGGCCAGUUUGACAUUUCCUCGGAUAGAUCAUCUUGUUUUUUGGCAACGCGGCAUUAUUCACUGGAUUAGAUGGCAUUCCUGAGAAAAUGUAUUGUGUUUCUGACAAAGACUUCCAAGGCUGGAAGACAUUUCAUGUGUGUAAAUGGGACAGGGUUGUCUUUACAACCAAGGGCAGCACUUACGACAUGGUCAAGAAUAGGGAUGGUCACUAAUGGGAGGAAGGUCUCAUUGUUUCAAAGAUCAACAGAAACUUCAGACCUGCCAAAGACAUUUACUCACAAGUCGCACAAGACAGGAGAUGAUACUUCAUUAUCAACACCUGAAAAAUUAUCUGAUAGUUCUCUGAACUGUCGUCUAGCUGCUGAAAAUGGAUUUCUAUCGUGGACUAGGAAUGGCUACAUUUCUUGUGUUGCGGGCUGUGCUCUACUCCAACAUGUACAGACUGAAGCCAUGGUGGAUGCAGUGUUUGGUGUUUUUCUAAUAUCUUAUAUGAACAUGUCAUGUGGAACUGCUGUGUAUUUGUGGAACUUGCUGUCCAUGCGGAAGCGGGUACAGAUGACGUCAGUCCUUACUUUACUUUAUAUCACUCUCACUCUGGCACACUUUAUGAUCUAUACAGUAGCUAUGGUAGUCUUCCUGAAUGACUUUCGACUCCACAAAGAUAGAUGGAUUAGAUCGUGAUGAGAGUGAUCUAAGUAAACUUUAAAGGUUUACUGAUACUUUAGCUAAUAUAAUUCUUAACAUUUUGUUCAUUUCAAACAUAUUUUUCUUUUAAUAAUAUUAGUUAUUAAGAGUUAUACUUAUUAUAUUCAAUAAUGUAUUGUGCAGUGUUUAGAAUAUGUAUGUUUGUGAUAUGGUGCUUUGCAGAUAUCUAAGUACAUGUGAUAGUGGAAAUUCUACUGAAUGUCAGGAGUUUUCACAAAUUUCUAAUGCUGAAUUGAAUAUUUUGAAUUGUUUCUUGUAAAAUUCAGACAUGUGUUUGAGAGUUUUUGACCCAACUUUACAAGCUGUCAACCAUUUCCCAUAAGCAGGAAAUUUUCAAUCACUUACACACAUUUUAGUCACUAGAUAUUUUGAGAUAUUUUGAAACAGUCUGUGACAUACAUGUCAUCUCCCCCAUCAUAGGGGAGUGUUUGUCUACAUACCCAACUAUUAUCCUUUUAUACAUGGUCACUGAUCACCCACAAGGUACUUGGAUGCAAGCCCUGAAUUUAGUCUCAUAAUACUGUCCUGAUUUUUACCAUCUUUAUGUAUUCAAUUCAAUGUAAUCCAACAAACCCUGCAUAAAGAUCUGAUAGAUUUAUUAUUCUAAUUCAUCAUAUAUAACUAGGUGUGCAAGCUUAUGCUGUGAUGUUGCAUCUGUUGUCUGCCCCAUGUCCAUCGGUUCAAAUGUCAACUUUUCUGUUUAAACAACCUCUUAAGGUUGAAUGUCAACUUUUCUGUUUAAACAACUUCUCAAUAAGCAAGAAGCCCAGACAUGGACCUAAUAUUUUUUUCUGUAGUAUGCAAGGAUAAAGGACUACCAAGUUUGUUUAAAUGAGUUACCUUGACCUUCUUUGAAUGUCAUAGGGGUCAAAUGUGUUGAAGUCUUCAAAUGACUUCUUUUGAUUAGGGCCCCAUCACACCAUUUCAGACAGGCCUGUAUUUAAUACAUUCAUCUUGAUAUUGGGCAUAUGAUAUGCUAAGUACAAAAUUUGUUUAGAAUGAUACACUUCUCUUUUAUUUGAAUAAAGUGAUAUAAUCAGCUUUACAUUAACUUUGAAGUUGCAUUACAACCAGGUGAGUGAUUUAGGCCCAUUGGGUCUCUUGUUAUAGAUGUAAUGCAUUUAAUUGGUUAAAGAGAAUAUUUUGCCACAAUAUAAGUAUGAUGUAGUAUGAUAUACCAUCUGUUUCUCAUGUACUUGGGAAGUCUGGAGAGUCAUUGUUAUUGGAGUAACCCAGAAAAUUCAAAAAAUUACAAAACAGACUGAACCAGAUUUCUAAAACAAAUGUAUGAAGACAUCAGUAAGUUAUCAUGCUAGUUAAAGCUGAUAUAAAUCAGAACUGGGGUAACAUUACUAUGGUUAAAAGCUUCUGUGAUAUCAGUUUUUAGCUCUGCUAUGUAUUGUCACUGAAGCCUUGUUUAUAACAGAUGAAUUUACCACAAUUGUAUCACUCCUAUAUAAUUCAAUGCUGCCACCAUAAUGGCAAAUUUUCUUAAUAAAAAUAAUCAUUUUCUUCCCUCACUUUUAUAAUAUAUAUUUGAGGAAUUAUUACUAAAAUAAUAAUUAUUUUGUUUAGAAAUUCACUGCAGUUGCUUUGAGAAAACAUUAAAUUAGAUGUUUAUGUUGUUUUGUUUACUGAUACUAGUAUGUGUAUGUUGAUUAUUUUUACUAUUAAAUAGUCUAAGAUUAGUUAUUGAUAUUAUGUAACAUUUAGACUAAUUGGAAUUACAAUGUAUAAGAUAAUGCUUAUGUUAUGGUGUUUACAUUUAACCUGUUAUUUAUGAAGGAGUUGUCCUCCUUUAAUCAACACACAUGCUCAUGCAAUAUUGAAUUAAUGAACAAGUUUAAUGAGUUCAAUAUCCCCGUAACAUGAACCAAACUGUCAGGUUCUAUUACUUGUUAAACAUCCUAACCAAUGAAUGAUAUGUGUCUCCUCAUUAACAUACCGGUAUGACAUCACAUGUGCAAUAACGACAUAUAUUGAAUGGGAAUAUUCACAACAGUGAGACGAAUUUUAAAACAAUUCAGAAUAAAUGAUAAUUAUUGACCUGUCCAGUGAUUAAGUUAUUUUAAAGGAAAUAUCUCAUUCAGAUAGCAGGUAUCUUUAAGAUAAACAUCCCACUAAGAGAACAUGUCCCUCUAAGGUAAACAUCCGACUAAGGUUCAUUUCUCCUUAAGGUAUUCAUCCCAGUAAGAUAACAGGGGUCCGUAAGGUAGACAUCCCAAUAAGACAACAGGUGUCCGUAAGGUAGACAUCCCAAUAAUAUAACAGGUGUCCGUAAGGUAGACAUCCCAAUAAGAUAACAGGUGUCCGUAAGGUAGACAUCCCAAUAAGAUAACAGGUGUCCGUAAGGUAGACAUCCCAAUAAGAUAACAGGUGUCCGUAAGGUAGACAUCCCAAUAAGACAACAGGUGUCCGUAAGGUAGACAUCCCAAUAAGAUAACAGGUGUCCGUAAGGUAGACAUCCCAAUAAGAUAACAGGUGUCCGUAAGGUAGACAUCCCA